AUCCUAGUGAAGACCAUGAUUCGGAAACGCUCCUUUGGAAACCCUUUUGAGGGCAGCCGGCGGGAGGAACGCUCUUUGUCCGCGCCUGGGAACCUGCUCACCAAAAAACCAACCAGGGAGUGGGAGCCCCUGUCUGAGCCCAAGGAAGCAAGGCAGCGAAGACAGCCUCCGGGGCCCCGAGCCGGCCCCCGUGGGGGAGGAGGAAGUGCUCUUGUGAAAGGUGAUCCCUGCGUGGAAAGUUGGGGGGUCCCCGCCUCCGGUUCCCCCACAGAUAUGCCUCCACAGCAGCCUGGAGAGGUGAUGGAGCCGGAGUAGCUGCCUGGACUGCUUGACUUCGCAUGCCUGGCCAUGUUGCCCCGCUCGGGGCUGCUGCACCCCGCGUUUCCAUAGCAGCAUGUCCUACGGAAACUGAGCACGUGUGUAGAGCCUUGACUGUCAUCUCUGGUUAUUUGUUUUUUCCUUUGUUGUUUUAAAGGGGACAAAAACAAAAAAAACAAAAACUUGACUCCGUGACAUUGACUGUGGCCGCUGGCUGGCUGGACCGGCAGGUGUGAGUUACAGAUCCAAACCCAUGUGCAUUUUGGGACAAUUGCUUUUUAAAAUGUUUUUAUGCCAAAAAACCAUCAUUGUGAAUUCAGAAUCAUGUCAGAUGUACCAAGUGAAUGUGUGUGGGGUUUGAGCUGCACGGAGGAGGGAGCAGAAAACCCCGGCAGGCUGGGGCCAUGAAGGUUAGGUGCAAAACCCCAAGCCGUGGCACCUUUCAGAACCGUGCAGGGAGUUUCGAUGCAACUUGUUUUUAAGAACGACUUUUUAAUUUUUUUAUGGGUAGAAUUGUAGUCAGGAAAACUGAAAGGGCUUGAAGUUUAAUUGAAUUGGAUUCUCCAACCCUGAAAGGGUAUUCGGCUGCUGUGGCAGGAAAAAGUUUGCCUGGAGGGCUGAACAUAUUUCUUUGUGACAUCGUUGGCCGAGCUCUAAGUCAACCUCACUGUUCAAUGACAAAAACUUCAGGGUGAAAUCCUACACUUCCAUGUACAUUACAUGGCUUAAGAGUCAACAGAAAAAUUUCAGUUCUCUAACUAGACUGAACUCUAGAGAGGUUCAGAAGUUAUUCAGAGCUUCCAGGAUCCAUGUUGCGGUUUUUGCCAUGGGAUCGGAGUCAGAGCCCAUGACACCUUUGCUUGUAUAUUAGCAGCUUUGCUUGUUUGUGACCUGUGCGUUCUAGAGACUGCUAAGGUUUUGUUUUUGUCUUAAGUACUAGCUGGUUGUGGUAGUCAACGAAACGUGUCCAGGGGCCACUUAGGAAAUUGUCCCACUUGUUGAGGCACAAAUGUCAAAGGUUAGUGUCAAAGCUUUAUGGGGAUCCAUGGUGACAUUAGAGAAGAUUGUUGGAACUCAGAUCACUCCUCAGGAUACAAGAGAACCAGGGUUGGCACAGGAUGUUCCCUUUGACAGCCAGAGCCCAAGGAGAACAAGUUGCUCCUUUUUUGACUUCCAGCCAAUAUUGGGAAGUUUGAUUAAGAUUGGGUGUGACUGUCGAGAGUCACACGUGGAUGAAUAUGAAGUUCGAGGGGGAAGAAAACUGGAAGGACUUAACCCUGGGAGAUCAUGAGCUCUGUUUCCUAGUGCUUUGGGGGGUUAUGAGAGCUCUGGUUUUAGGGGAAAUACGGUAUCAGUAGUGGGACUCAAAAGACUAGUUUCCCAUAGUUUCUGCCUGAUGAGCGUUGGUUCAGAGACUUCCUGCAGAGACAGAGUGAGGCCUGUGCCCCCUGCCCACAUCCACACAGAGCUGUUGUUCUUGGCUUCCAUAGAUUUUUCUUAAGCUCUUGAUUAUAGUUUAGCCAGACUUUUCUUGUUCUCAUAUAAGCAGUUAAGAAUUAGGACAUGCCGGUUCCGAAGGGCAGAGACUCCAGUCCAGCGAGGGUCCUCUUGCCUGCUUGCUUUGUCUUUGUAACCAAGCACUUCCUCUUGCCCUCCCCCUUUAACUUUAUGGGGAAACCACAAUAGCUCCACCCCUUCUGGUAGGAGAUGGGGUUUGGUUAGUUUGCAAUAAGCACCAUGCAGUGGUUUAAGCCAACUGGUCCUUAGGCUCCAUCCCAGCCUGUCUGCAUGGACUCCAGCCUGGCAGGCAGCAUGCAGAGCUCUGCAGAACUCCUCCUGUGUUUACACGACCGCAUCGGGCAAUGCCAUUCCUCCCUACCAUGGAACUUUCCACCCAAGAUGUCUUAUGUGGAAUACCAGCAAUUAGGCAACACCCACAUGUUUGGGUAGGUGGGUCGGGGGAGGUCCACAUUGACUACUUUUUUAAAAAAAUAAAGAAACACCAAAGAAAGCUGUGGGAAGGAACUACCCCAUCCCCCAUGGGACGUACAGGUGGACAUGGCUGUAACUAGAGCAUUAGAACCCCAUUCUUGGAGCACAAACAUGGGAUUUUUCAAAAGCCAGCUCUGCCAGAAAGGGGGAAGCUGUCACUAAAAGCUUUUCUUUGUGGGCAAAACGGAUGCCAUGAUGCCUUCCGUGGCUGGCUCAUCUAUGGACCAAUGUGGUGUAAGCAACUGUGGUCUAUACCUGUGGCCUUGUAGGAAGCACAAAUCCUCCCUCACUUUUCUCUCCCUCUGCCCCUUUCCACCUCCCCUGUUCUGGGUUGCCACAGGUCACCAGAAGCAUUAUUAAGUCCCUUGUUGGCACUUGGGGCCACAGAGUCCAUCUCUCUGCUGGUCUAGCCUUUCCAUGGGGCGGUACUCCUGUCCUCAAAGUCUUCCUGGAACUAGAAAGAGAACACCUGCACAAGUAGACAGCAAGGCAAAGCCUGUGGCUCUCAUUCUUCUUCCAGAGGGGGCCUCCCAUUGCCCAUGGUGGAACCUGGACCUCCACUUGCUUCCAAGGUGCUAGGGAAGGUCUCGAGGUUGUUGGUUCUUGUCUUUUCUCCAGCUUCAUGGGCUGAGUUUCAUGGGACUUGACUUUUCUAUUCUGUGAUCUAUCCAAUGCCCGAUGCUUCUGUUUGAUUCCUGAUCCUUUCUACUAUGCAUUUUCCUUUUAUCAGGUGUACAAAGUUAAAUACUGUGUAUUUAUCACUUAUAAGUAUAUGAACUUAAAAAAUAAGCCUUUGGUGUUUUUCCACAGAUGAUUAAGCUUCUCUGUAAACUUGAAAUAAACAGACAGCAAAAUGGUGCAAAGCCUGGGCCUCCUGGGAUUCUGUGAUUGGUUGCUGUUUAUUUCGGGUGUCUGUCCUUAUGCUUGUUUCCUUCCUUAGGCUGACAGCAGGUCAGAUGCCCAAGUCAAGACUAAUGUAGCCAGCAGAUCCCUGAUUUAAGGCAUGUCCCAGUGUGUUGCUGCUCAAUAUGGUUCCAACACCAGCCAGCUGUGUCCACAAAACCUAGGAUCCAGGCAGAAUGCGUAAGCUCAGGCCCCACUUAAAGCCACUUCCAGGUGACCCACCUGUUGGUUGAAGUGUGACAGCAAGAUUCUGGGGAAGCCAGAUGGGUGAGCAGUCUGGGAGAGGUUUUCAGUGUGAGACGUGUCCUGUGGGCUAGGUAUGCCGUCAACACCUGGCCCCACGAGGUGGGGAUUUACCCCAUUGUAUGAAUCAUUGCCUAUGGGCUGAGGCUUGGGGAAGUGAAGCCAUUUGUCUGAAGGCUUCAGUUUGUCAGCAAAUCACCCAAACUCCAGCAUUCCAUUAAUCUUGAUGCUUGCUGGUUCUUGUGGCAUGUGGAUGGCUUCUCCAGGCCAGAGGUCAAGGGCCCAUGGUGUUGCUCUCCUGGCUUUGAACCUUAUUUUCUGUUAUCAGGGGAAAGCAGAUGAAGUCUGAAAAACUUUCAUCCUGUUGCUGCAGAAAAACACUGAAAUACAGGCUGUUGCCAGGCAUAGUGCAUGUUUAUAAUCCUAGCAUUCAGGAGGUGGAGACAGGAAGAUUAGGAGUUCAAGGCCAGCCUGGGAUGUAUAGCGAGUGAGACUGUCUCAUUAAAAAAAGAGAAAGGCUGUUACAAAUCAGGAACAGGGAAUUCCUGCUCAAAGACCCCAUUAAGAAUCUGAGGAAAACAAAAAGAAAUGUACACAGUGCAUCUCUGUACAUUUAGGGGUACAGAGACUCCUAGUAGCCCCUUCAUGGACAAAAGCUUGAAGAACUCCUACUUAAGGGGCAGCGUCAGGUGUGCCAAUGAGAGGGAUGUAGCUGAAUGCAAGAUGACUCUGUUGAGUGAAGUAAGCACUCACCACCAAUCCCUAAGCCCAACUGCUAUUUGCAUUCCAUUUCAGAAAAGGAGAAGAAAGGCGAUGUCUUCCACUCCAGAAGACAGCCACCAUCACUCCUUACCCUGCAGGACAUUAAGCCAUUUGUCUUCACCUGUUUGUGCUGCUAUAACAAAAUGCCUGAGACUGGCUAAUUUGCAAAGGACAGAAAUUUAUUUCUCACAGUUCUGGAGGCUGGGAAAUCCAAGAUCAAAGUGUCAAUAGGUUUAGGGUUUGGUGAGGGCUGCUCUCUCCUUCUAAGAUGGUAACCAGAAGGUGGAAGAGCUACGAUGGUAAUAACUCCCUCUGUCAAGCUCCCCACACACACCUUUUCUUUUAUAGUGGGAAUGAAGUUUGAACUCAGAGCUUCAUGCUUGCAAAGCAGGUGCUCUACCAUUUUUGUU